AUGGCCUCCGGGAAGGAAGCCCGGGGCGCGGGGUCGGCGCUCGCCAAACACAAUAGCGAGCCCGCCCGGCCUGGUGAGGCCUGGCGCGGCUCCCGCUCCCCGGCCGGGCCGCCGGGACUGCAAUUUCCCCACCCGGCGCCGCGCCCCCCACGCCCCGACCCCCCACCCGAGCGCCCCGAUCCCCACGCUCCGAUCCCCCACCCGGCGCCGCGCCCCCCACGCCCCGACCCCCCACCCGAGCGCCCCGAUCCCCCACCCUGCGCCCCGAUCCCCCACCCGAGCGCCCCGAUCCCCCACCCUGCGCCCCGAUCCCCCACCCUGCGCCCCGAUCCCCCACCCUGCGCCCCGAUCCCCCACCCUGCGCCCCGAUCCCCCACCCGAGCGCCCCGAUCCCCCACCCGGCGCCGCGCCCCCCACGCCCCGAUCCCCCACCCUGCGCCCCGAUCCCCCACCCGAGCGCCCCGAUCCCCCACCCUGCGCCCCGAUCCCCCACCCGAGCGCCCCGAUCCCCCAUCCGGUGCCGCGCCCCCCACGCCCCGACCCCCCACCCGAGCGCCCGAUCCCCCCACACGAGCGCCGUGCCCCCCAAGUCCCUCUCACAUUCCCCCGUAUAUCACUCCCCCCCUUUUCCGAAGUCCCCUCCAGGGCGUCGUCCCCCGAGCGCUGUCCCCUCCCCCGCCCCCGAGUCCCCAUCCACCCCUCCUCCCCCCGGCGCUGCCCCCUUCCCGGCGCUGCUCGCCCACCGUGGGCAUGCCCACGCCCCUCAUCUUACCCCCCACUCGGCACCACACACCCCUCAUCCACCCCGACACUGCCCGCCCCGUCCCCCAUCUACCCCCCUAG